AUGUCUAGAUGAGAUCCCACCCAUACAUUGUAAAACCACCACAAAGCAUAAUUGGGAUUCCACGCUCACAUCUCCGGGGACGCCGAGGAGAGCAGUGUGGAGCCGGAGCGCUCCUGGCCUCAGUAAGCACGAGAUGGACAUCUCAGGAGGCAGGCACUGGCAGGGCAAGGCUGACCCUUUUGGAGUGGUGGCUGCGUCCUUGGUGAGCCAACUGUCUGACACUCAGAAGAUGAGUGAGUCACCUCUCAGCCGGCUCAGAGGAAUGUAUUUACCUCGUGCACUGCACCCUUUAAACAAGAUGUUAGUCAACGGUGGCAAGUGGAAGGAUGUGGACAGUGCCCAGGAAAAGCGCAGGUCCUUCCUGCAGGACUUCUGUAAGAAAUACAACAGCAGAAAGAAGCUGCAAACCCACCUCGUGCACCUGGUGUCAAGAAUUUACGUGGAGGACAGGCACAAGGUCCUGUACUGCGAAGUCCCGAAAGCAGGCUGCUCCAAUUGGAAAAGGGUCCUCAUGGUGCUCAAUGGACUUGCCUCUUCAGCACACAACAUUUCCCAUGACGAUGUGCACUAUGGAAAACAUCUAAGGAAACUGGACAGUUAUGACCUAAAAGGGAUAUACACACGCUUGAACAUGUACACCAAGGCUAUAUUUGUACGUGAUCCUAUGGAAAGACUGGUGUCUGCCUUCAGGGAUAAGUUUGAACAUCCAAACAGCUAUUAUCAUCCAGUAUUUGGGAAGGCGAUAAUUAAGAAGUAUAGACCUAACGCAAAUGAAGAGGCAUUGAAAACAGGAUCGGGAGUUAAGUUCAAGGAGUUUAUUCAGUAUUUGUUAGAUUCCCAUCGCCCAGUAGGAAUGGACAUUCAUUGGGAGCAAGUCAGUAAGCUCUGCUAUCCCUGCCUCAUCAACUAUGAUUUUAUAGGAAAGUUUGAAACCCUGGAAGAAGAUGCCAAUUACUUUUUGCAGCUGGUAGGUGCUCCAGCCAAGCUGAAGUUUCCUAAAUUCAAAGACAGACAUUCCUCUGAUGAGAGAACAAAUGCAGAAGUAGUGAGGCAAUACUUAAAGGAAUUAUCUAAGGAGGAGAGACAGCUGACCUACAACUUCUAUUACUUGGAUUACUUAAUGUUCAAUUAUACACCACCAGUUGUAUAG